GGAGAUUUGGUGGUGCGGCAUGGAUGUCGAAUUUUUCAGUGUGGGUGGGUUGAAAUUUUUUUUUUUCAAAGAAACCAAAAGUGCUACUAGUACUUUAACCAAACUUGCUUAGAUACUUCAAAGAUCUGUCGAUAUAAUUUUUAUAAGAAUGUUUAAAAGAAGUGGUAGUAGACUUGCCGGCAGGAUAAUACAGCUGAAAAGAUCAUUUCAUGAUGUACCAGUUAUAAAUAAUCAAAAUCAAUACUUAGCUAACGGUAUUGAAGGAUUAUAUUCACCAAAAGGAUUCAAGACUGCUUGGAUAGAUUAUCAAAAAUAUUUAACUUUAAAUUUAUCAUUACAUACUGUAGGAACAGAAAAUGAAUUAAAGCCACCAUUUGAAAUCUUAUUACAUACUGCCAAACAAACUACAGAACAACAUACUUUCCAUUUUGCAUCUCAAGCUCAUAAUAAUCACUUUUUUAUGCAACAAUUUAUAGAUAAAUCUGAAGCAGCAAAGACAAGACCAUCUAAAUUUUUAUUACAAAGAUUAGAAUAUCAAGAUAUUCCUGAUAUAGAAACUUUUAGAGAAAGAAUGUUAUUAUUAGCUGAUUCAUCAUUUGGACAAGGAUGGGUAUUCUUAGUUGAAUUACCUGAUAAAUCUCUUAAAAUUGUUAGACAUAAUAAUGAUGGUACUCCAUAUUAUUUUGGUAAAAAUCAAUCUUUAGACUUAAAUGGAGGAGUUGAUGAAGGUAGUUUUGAAUAUUUAAAUGGUUUAAAAGAUCGUGCUAAAAAUAAUGAAAGAGAUUGGACUUUACCAAUUUUAGCAAUUAAUUGUUGGGAUCAUGCAUAUAUUGAAGAUUAUGGUACUACAGGUAAAGCUGAAUAUUUAUCCAAUUUAUGGGAUUGUAUAAAUUGGAAUGUCAUUAAUAAAAGAAUUUUCCAACUUUAAAACUACAAAAAUUUAUGUGUAUAAUGUUAUGA